CAAAGACCAAAACAUAACUUCGGUAUAAAUGUUAUAACGUUAUGCUCAAACAUUUCAAAAUAUGUUCAUUAUUGUACUUGAUUUUUGGUCAUCUUUGAUUUGAACCGGAGACUUAAGGCUUAUAUUUCAUCGCUGACAACUACGAAAGGUUCAAUCUCUGGUUCUACCAUUAUAAUUCUUAAUAUGGAAAGAGCAAUGUCUAUAGAAGAAGAAUACGUUGCUCUCAAAGAAUCACCAUUUACAAAAGAAUCGUUGAACACCUCCUCGCCAGCUAUAGCUUUAGACUGGAGCGAUAAACAAUCGUGUUUUAAUGUUACUUUGCUUGCUUUGAGUCGGGAUGAAAACGAAGAGAGGUUGUGGUCUGAUAAUUUUACUAUUAGAAAAAUACAACGACGCCAUUGUGAACUUUGUCUGGUGCAUCCAGAGAUAAAAAAUAUGCUGCCACAACUACCACGUGAGCCUCAAGGUGUAUGGGGCUACAUUCAAUGGACGAAAGUGCGUACGGAAGAUUGCAAAAAUUUAGAGGAAUACUUCAAAAAUGCCUUCAUCUAUUGUGGUUGGAAGCUGUUUUCGAGCGUCUUUUUCGGAGAGCCGAUCAUUUUUGAUGAGGAUUAUACAAUUUCGACGAUGGAACUAAAGCGAAACAAGGUCCUCAAAGAGGUUCAAUACUGUUCUGGGAUAUUUCAAAAUCAUCUGGUCGAAAAAGAAGAGAUGAAAAAUGUCGACGCACUUUUUGCAUGGUAUGAAAAACUGUGGUGUCAUUUAAAUGAAUCGAGUGAAGCGGAAAGAAAAUUAUUGACAUUUGACAUUGAGCCUUACGAAGAACUGAGAGACAUAACACAAAGACAGCGCUCAGAAUGUGCUUCGAUGCUCAAUCAACAAUCAAUGACCGCGUCCAUGAUGCAAAAUAACAACGAAACUUUCUCUGAGUUGGAAGAGCAAUUUGUUGAAACGGUUAAAAGUAUAAAUGAAAUGACGAUUGCGCAGUUGAAUACAUCUGUGGCAAGAUUAAAAUUGAUAUUGACACAACUCCAAAAAGAUCGAGAAAAGUUUACUGAAGAUGAUGAGAAAUUAAUGAUAGUUGAAAUGAAGCUGUUCGAGUUGGAGAAAACGAUUUUGACAGAAGACAUAGAAAUACUGAACUGCCAAAGUCAGCUGUCGUUGUUUGAACGGGACAAAAUACGACGAGAUGUUUUGGUCAUGGACGAGGAUUUGAGCAUGGUGAAAAAGGUCAACGAGAAAGAACUACAAGUGUACAAAAAACAGCUAGAAAUACUCGAUGCUCUUUUGAAUAUCCAAGACAAAUCAGAAAAACUCGCUCGCCUUAAUUUGAACAGAAAGAUAAGGGGUACCAUGGUAAAGGAAGAUGAAAUGAAAACAGUAUCUGCUUUGCAGAAAACGAUCGUUAAUACUGGGAGAAAGAAGUCCGUACUACGCACCAAGCAGAAAUUGUGCAUGACGGAAAUCAAGAAGUUGGAAUCUAAGGAUGAAGAAGAGAGAGAACUGUACGAGAGCCAUCACAAAAUACGAAUGAAAAUUGAAAGGCGUCGUGAAGAAGAUGAGCCGAAGAUUGGAGUGAGACUCGAAGAGCGACAAAGAACAUUACUGAGACUUAAAGAAUACAAAAAGAAAUAUCCAGUAAAGAGAGAAGUGAAACCACCUCGUUACCAGUCUCGUUCAAUGCGAAAACAAGAACAGAAAGAAAAUAGAAAAACUAAAGAUCCCAAGACAAGCAACGCAACAAAAGAGAACGCAAGGAACACGAGAACACCAACCAAUAUUUCUCAGCAACCCACAACCUCGCAACAAACUUCGUCAUCAGCAAUUCCCUCGCCUCCAUCAUCAUCUCCCCAAUCAGUCCCGUUAUCACCACCACCAGUUGCACCCCCAUCCCCACCAGUUGCACCACCCCAUCAGUUGUACCACCCCACCAGUUGCACCACCCCACCAGUUGCACCACCCCACCAGUUGCACCCCACCACCCCCACCACCACCACUUGCACCCCCACUUCCCCCAAGUGUACCAGAAUUGACAAAGAACGGAAACGGUCCAACACAUCAAGCUGCAUCUUUGAGCCAACGUACAUUAGAUAUGAAUGACUUGAAAGCUGCCAGAAAUCUUUUGAAAAAAGGUGAGCCGCCGGCCGGGGAGAAAAAGAACAACGGGUCCGGUUGUUUGCCGUCUGGUGACGACUUAUCCCGAGCGUUGCUAAACGUCAAACUACGUAAAGUAGAACGCAAAGAGAAACCGGCAGAUUUAUCUCCAAAUGGAGCAGAAUUUUUGAAAAAAGCUCUCGAACGCAUGAACAAGUUUACCACGCUCUCGUUUGAUGGGGAUGAUGAUGAUUUUGAGGAGCAAGAGUGGUAACCGAUGUACAGCGCGAUGUAGGAAUUAAUAAUGUAUUUAUUAUAUAAUGUAUAAUUGAUUUAUUUAUCAUGUUAAACAAGUGUCGAAAAUCUAGACGAAAGAUGCAUUCGAAAAAUGUAAAAACAGUAAAUUGACCUUUUGUAAUCCGUCAUAAAAAACUUUUCAUGAAAAUAUUCGUUCGCAAACUCAGUCACAUGAUGAAAAGUUUACAACGAAUUGAAAAUGAAGUUUUGUAAAAAAUGUCGUAGUUUGGUUGACGACAAAACAAAGAGCCGACAAAAUUUGGCAAGUGCUGAGUGUCUAAGUGUGGAAAGAUUGUUGAAAGCAACUGCACUAUACAUCUUUAAUCAACAUAAUUCGACUACUCAAAAUAAAUAACUUUUUGUUGUUUUAUAAAA